AUGCAGCAGCAGCAGGAGAAGCAGCUGCAGCAGCAGCAGCAGCUGGAAGGACUGCCUCCGGCGCAGCAAGGUAAAGGCGCUUCUUCAAACUCCCCAGCAGCAGCAGCUGCUGCGGCAGCUGCAGCAGCACCAACUCCAGCUGCUGCUGCUGCCGCAAGCAGCAGUAGCGGCAGCAGUGAGAGCAGCAGCAGCAGCAGCAGCAGCAGUCUGGUUGCUGAAUCUGUGCUGCAGCCGGCGCCUCCCUUUCGGCCUUCUCCUGCUUAUCCGCUGCUGCCGCCACUAAGUGCUGCUGCUUUUGCUGCUGCUGCUGCUCUUUCGGGCACUUGGGAAGCAGCAAGUGAGAGGCCUUGUGUGCUGGAGCUGCUGCUGCUGCUGCUGCAGCAGCUCAGCACCGACAGCAGCAGCGCGCUGUACAGACACCUCGUCGAAAACGGCCUCAUAACGCCCCAGCAGCAACCUGCUGCUGCUGCUGCUGCAGCUCCCGCUGCUGCUGCUUCUGGCAGCAGCAGCAGCAGCAGCGGCAGCAGCAGCAGCAGCGGGGAGGAGUGGGAAGCAAAGGCAGCAGCAGCAAGAGCUGCUGCUGCUGUGCCUGGGGUGUAUGUACACCCUCCUGAAGGGGCUUCCCUAUACGAUGAGGCUGAGGCCUCCUUGCUGGGUACCCCGCAGCAGCAGCAGCAGCAGCAGCAGCAGGAACAGCAGCAGCAGCAGCGGCAGACGCAGCAGCAGCAGAAGCAGCAACAGCUGCAGCAGGUGCUGGAGCAGAUGGCACUUGCUGCUGCUGCUGCUUUCGAGGUCCUCGAUUUGAAGCCACCUGCAGCAGCAGCAGCAGCAACGGAAGCUGCAGCAGCAGCAGGGGCAGCAGCAGCGAGCGCAGCAGCAGCUGCUGCUGCAGUGGGAUCAAAGAAAAGCAGCCACCAGCAGCGGCAGCAGCAGCAGCAGCAGGAAGCUGCAGCAGCAGCAGAGAGCGCCGGGGACGUUCGUUUUGGAAGGGUCCAUCCCAGCAGCAACAGCAGCAGCAGCAACGGCAGCAGCAGCAGCAGCAACAGCGGCUUGUGCAGCAGAGCAGCAGCACCUGGCUUUCCGCCUUUUCGCCCUUAUGCUGAGGUGUACAGACAGUGGCUGUUUUUCCAGCAGCAGCUCUACCCAGCAGGGUUUUGA